AUGGUUCUUGAAUACAUUUUUAUUGCAUUUUUUUACGUGGUCAAGCUUAUAGCUAAGUUUAUAGCAUCUGCAUAUGGUAUCACCAUCAAACCGAAGAAAGCAGCUGCAAAAAUCGUGAAACAAAAUAUUGAAACAAAAACUGAGGAACAAACAGAAAAAAGAGAAGAGAUUAUUGCUGAAAUCGAAAAGGAAAUGAAUAUGGAAAUCCCAAAAUUGCAAAAUACUGAAUCUCCAAAAAUUGAAGAAAAUCCAUCAGCAGAACCUGAGCAAAAAGAAGAGAAUAUUGCUGGAAUCGAAAAAGAAAUGGAUAUAGAAAUCCAAGAGUUGCAAAAUACCGAAUCUCCAAAAAUUGAAGAAAAUCCACCGACAGAACCUGAACAAAAAGAAAAAAAUGCCGAGGAAAUAUCCAAUACAGAAGGAUUUGCUAUUAAUCAAUGGGUUUCUGACACAAUUUCAACAAUUAUCGACGUUUCAAGAUAUAACAAGAAUCCAACUGAUUAUGAUGAGAGAAUUUUAGAAGAUAUCCAUGAGUUCAUCAAAAACGACAAGUUUUUCAAGAUUCCUUUAGUUGUAAUUCUCAGAUCUUUCAAGAACACGAAAGAAUUGUUUACUGUUGAUGAAUGCAUCAGAAUAUGCUCAAUGACGAUCAAAAAUUACGAUUACAAUGGUCUCCAAGUUUUGGCCUAUCUGAAAUGCACCGAAACUGAUGGAAAAUCAGCCCAUGCGAUCCUUAAAGGUAUCAAUACUCCAUUGACGAACGCAAUUUUCAUCCAUCCUUUCGAGAAAAUGGAAAUCCAAGAAGAUACAACAGAUCUCGAGAGAAAACGUAGGAAAUUGCAAUACGAAGUAGCUGAAAAUGGUCGAAAGUACAAAGCCAUCACAGACAGUGUUGAAGAAAUGCAAAAGAACAUCGAAAUUUUGACAAAAUACAAAGAAAAUGCUGAAAAGUGGCCAGGAGUUAAAGAAAAAUACGAAAAGCAGGUAGAACUGAUUGAAGAAGAGAACGCAGAGCUAGAAGAAAGCAUUUGUCAAUGGAAACCAGCGGCAAUGAAGGAAAUGCAAAAACCAAAGGAUUAUAUCGAAGAUAUAUUCGAUGCAAUCGAAUGUGAUGAUGCUUUAAGUGUCAUUUACAACUUACAAACCAACAGCAAAUCAGUAAAUCAAGAAAAAUUAUUUGAUGAUGAAACUUGGUACCCAUUAAUGUACGCCUGCAAGCUUGGCAACCUACCAAUCGUCAAAGUAUUGAUUACUUACGGCGCUGACGUGAAUAAAGGCCAAUGGCAGGGAAAUCCGCUGUCAAUAGCCCAGGAGAACAAAUUCAAAGAAAUUGUUGAGUACCUCAAAGACCAUGGUGCUGAGUAG